AGUGACAGUCUCAUCUGAUGCUGAGGAAGUGAAGAACUUGACAGGCACAGAGGGAGGGUCCAUCACUAUACCUGACUCUGUGAUGGAUGAGGGAUUUCUCACCUUUAGAGGAAAGAUUCUUGCUAUGGUGACUGAGAGGAAGUUCAAGACUUAUGAAAUUUACAAGAAUAAAGUUCUCUGGAACAACAACACUGGACUCUUUACAAUCACAAGACUACAGAGGAACGACUCAGGGAUUUAUCAUAUUGACAGUAAAACAGGAAGCUUGUUCCCUAGAACUUAUAGAAUCACAGUGUAUGAGGCUGUCCCAACUCCUACAGUGAUCACACUGAAUGUGAGUGCUGAGAGCUGCACCUUGCUGUGCUUUGUGGAGAAAGCUGAAGAGACGACUCUGUUGUGGUACAGAGACGAGGACAAAGUGAAUCAGAGCAGCGUCGCUCUCUCUCUGCCUCUCACUGUACACCAACAGGAUUUCAGCUCCUCUUAUAGAUGUGUGGCUGCAAACCCUGCUGAACAGAAGACUCUUCUAGUCAAUGUUGUGAUAUCCUGUGGUGGACAGAACAAGAUGGACGUCACAAGAGACACUAACACACGGUCCUGGCUGUUCCUGAUUCCCGUGGUUGUCUUUGGGACUGCGGUUACUGUUGGCAUUAUUUUGACUGAUGUGAGAAGAGAGAGAAAAAGAGCUACGACUGUUUCAUCAGCUCUACACUGAUGUCAGCCGCGUUUUAAUUCUUAUCCAUCAAAUAAUAACAGAGGAAACACAUGCUGCAUGUGUUUUUUAAAUCUGAUAAGUUCAUCUCUUUCUGUAUACUGUGUCUCAUCUCAAAGGAGUCAACUUUAGUGAAAUGCCAGAGUGAGGAAGCUGUUUGGCCCAGUUCUAAAUGCAGAGUGUGACUGGUGGAAUAAAUCAUAUUCCAGGAGACAGAGCCUGAAGGGACUUAGCCACGUUUACCUCAGUGUCUCAACCCACUGCCUCCAACCAAAUGCCAUCCACCCUGCAUUAAAUGGAAAACGGAGUCAUCGUCAGCUAGCUGAUAAAGAGAUUGUGUCUCAAGACCAAACCAUAACUUAUCAAAAAUAUGACUUUAAAUUCAUAAAAAUGUUGUUUUGGAUCUAAAUUCAGAAUGUACUUUUGCUGAAAAAAGCACAGCUGUCAGAUGUUAACCUGCCAUCUUGCGUUUUCAGCUUGCUGUGUAGAUUUUCUUUUUUUGCACCAGAUGUAAAAAAACAGCACAAAACCAAAUCUGAUAUAAUACAGUUUAACAAUGAGUGUGAUGUUAUUGCUCUCUAAUCUGUUAUUGCUCUUAUCUUUCAACCCGCAACUAAUGUUUUGGCCACUUGGGGGCAGCAGAAACAAGAAAAACAUUGACAUUAGUUACUUAUUUACAAAUCUCGCAGACAUGAGGCAACAUUAACGAUCAUUUGAAGCUGAAAUUGAACCAAAGCUGUAAAGCUGAGGGGAGCUGCUGAUUCAGGUGAUGUCUCUCAUACACUGCCCUGU